CGUUCAGCGUUGCUGCUGCCGGGCGUAGCUGUCUCGGUGCCCUUCCCACACUCUUCUCUACUGUGGGCUUAGCAGCGGGUGUUAGAUGGUCCCUGCGGCCGCUCAGCCAUGGGUGUGCGAGGCUUGCAGGGCUUUGUGGGGAGCAGCUGCCCCCACAUAUGCACCGUGGUGAGUUUCAAAGAGCUGGCGGAGCAGCACCGAAGCAAGUGCCCCGGAAGCACCCCCACGGUCGUGGUCGACGCCAUGUGCUGCCUCAGGUACUGGUACACCCCAGACUCCUGGGUCUGCGGCGGCCAGUGGAAGGAGUACUUCUCUGUCCUGCGCAAUUUCGUGAGGGUGUUCACGGCCGCGGGCAUCCAGCUGGUCUUCUUCUUCGACGGCAUGGUGGAGCGGCACAAGCGGGACGUGUGGGUGAAGCGCAGGCUCAGGAACAGCAGGGAGGUCGCCAGGAUCUUCCACCACAUCAAGUCGCACAGGGAGCAGCCCGGCAGAAACAUGUUCUUCAUCCCCUCGGGGCUGGCCAUAUUCACGCGGUUCGCUCUGAAGGCCCUGGGUCAGGAGACGCUGUGCUCCCUGCAGGAGGCCGACUAUGAGGUGGCGGCUUACGGCCUCCAGCACCACUGCCUGGGCAUCCUCGGGGAGGACACGGACUACCUGGUCUACGACACCUGCCCCUACUUCUCCAUCAGCGAGCUCUGCCUGGACAGCCUCAGCACCACCAUGCUCUGCCGAGAGAAGCUGUGCGAGAGCCUGGGCCUGCGCCUGGCGGACCUGCCUCUCCUGGCCUGCCUGCUGGGCACCGACGUGGUCCCGGAGGGCCUGUUCGAGACCUUCCGGUACCAGUGCCUGUCUGCCUACACCUCCGCGCGGGAGAACUGCGGCAGGAACGGCAGCGUCAUCCUAGCCGUCGCCGACCACAUAUCCAAAGUCCUCCGCUUACAUCAAGGGGAGAAAAAGCUAGAAGAGAUGUUACCUUUAGGACCAAACAAAGCCCUUUUUUAUAAGGGGAUGACAUCGUACCUUUUGCCAGGACAGACAUCUCCAUGGAUUUCCCAGAAAGCCAAAGUGAUAGCCCCUUUGGACAGCCAGGGGGCAUCCGAGAGUUCAGACCCUGAGCCCAAGCCAGACGUUCCCGUGGGUUCAAACCCUGAAUCUGAGCAAGAUGUCCUGUGUACAGAUCUUGAAUCGAAGCAAGAAAGCCCCAUGUGUGCAGACCCCGAGUCCAGGCAAGAAGACCCCACGAGUAUGGAGCCUGAGCUUAAGCAGCAAGUAGCCCUGGUUUCAGACCCUGAAAUCUUAGAGGUUGCUAGAGCCCGUCACGUGCAGGCGGAGAGCUACCUGGUGUACAACAUCAUGGCCAACGGGGAGAUCGAGUGCAGCAACACCUUGGAGGACGCGCUGGACCAGGCGCUGCCCAGCCAGGCCUUCGCCUACCGCCCGGUGCGGCAGCGCGUCUACUCGCUGCUGCUGGCGGGUGGUCACGAUGGCGCCAGCAGCUGCCCCCCCGUCCAGGAGUGGUUUGUGUACUCUGGGAACCCGCUGAGGCACCCGGAUCUCGUCAGGCCUCUGCAGGUGAACAUCCCAGGAGGACCGCCCAGCUUGAAGCUGCUGUGGCUGAGCCAGGAGCCCGGGGCCCAAGCCCAGCGUGUGGACGUGCUCCUUGCCUGCUUCGACCUCUCCUCCUCCAGGGAGGAGCUGCAGGCUGUGGAGAGCCCCUUCCAGGCGCUGUGCUGCCUCCUCAUCUACCUGUUUGUGCAGGUGGACACGCUGGGCCUCGAGGACCUGCACGCUUUCAUCGCUCAGGCCCUGUGCCUCCAAGGAAAGUCAGCUGGGCAGCUCGCAGACUUGCAGCUCGAUCACAUCGACCCCAGAGCCGUGCAGCUGGGCUCCCUCCUGGUCCGAGGCCUGACCAUGCUGGUGCUGGUCAACAGCGCGUGCGGCUUCCCCUGGAGGACCAGUGACUUCAUGCCCUGGAACGUCUUUGACGGGAAGCUGUUCCACGAGAAGUACCUGCAGUCUGAGAGGGGGCUCAGCGCCGAGGCUCUGGUGGAGCAGAACAGGUCGUGGCUCACCAGGUUCCACCAGCUGAAGUCCGUCGUGUGCAAGGCCUGCCUGCGGGAGGACAGGCGUGUGGUCAGCAGGCGGCUGCGGCAGCCGCACCACUCAGGGCGGUGGGGAAGACAGGGAUCCGGCUCCCACAGGACCAGCUCCGGGCACAGUCGCUCAGGCCCAGGACAGCACUGGAGAGACCAGGGCCCAGGAAACAGACAGCACGAGUCCGACCCGUGGAGGAGACACGCGUCGUCCUCUGGGCUGUGUGUGACCCCGGGACAGUCGUUUUCCUCAUGGCUUUCAGCUGCGGGUUGUAGUACGACCCUCUCCAGUUACCAGCUCAGCUGUGCCUCUGAGGGGGUGAAAGCCAACGCCGCCUCCCAAGUCCUGUCUGCAGUCAGCCCUCCGUGAAGUCCCAUGGACCAG